AUCUCGACCACUAUUCAGCGAACUCGUAGUUUGACUCUUCUUCAGCAUCGUGAUUAAAGAAAUAUGAGAAAAGGUUCAGUUGGUUUUUUGGCAUUCCUUCUACUAAUUUUCGUUUUUGCUAUCUCAGAAAUUACAACCGUGAAGGCGAAAGUAUGUGAAAAGCCAAGCAAGACCUGGUUUGGGGUGUGCAAAGACACAGCCAAGUGCGACAAGCAGUGCAUAGAGUGGGAGGGUGCAGAACAUGGAGCAUGUCAUCAACGUGAAGCAAAAUACAUGUGCUUUUGCUACUCCAAAUGUGAAGCCAAAGCGUCUCCUACUCCUCCCUCAACUGCUCCCCCUGCAAAUGGGUCACCGACUCCUCCUGGAACUCCUGGAAGUGAAGGCGGACAACAACCUCCUGCGGAAGGUGGAAAACCACCAUGCAAAAGGAUGCGAGCCACCUCCAAGCAUUUGAUUGGAUCCGAUCAUCUUACAUGAACAGCAAGCAUUAUAUCAUAUUGAAUAAAAUGAAUUUGCUUACGAAUGAACAUAUGAGCAUUUUCUAAAUCACAAGGUCUCCUGUAUCGAUAAUACAUAACAUAUGUGAUGUGAUUAAUUUUGUCA